CGAGUCGGAAGUAAUCUGCGCGCCGUAUCCGUCAGCUUGUCUCGUCUCGACCGGCACAGUUCGCGUGCCGCAUGCUGUAGACGUUCAGGCAAGUUGCGCAUCGACAUUUGUUUCCUCCUACCUCCCACUCAGUUGCAUCACGAUGGCCUCCCGUUUGAGCUCGCGAGAACACUAUGCGGACUUGCUGGACAAGUACGAUACCUGGCUGUUCGAUUGCGAUGGCGUCCUGUGGUCGGGGGACAAGACGAUCGAUGGAGCUAUCGAGGUCCUUCAACUACUCCGGCAUCAUAAGAAAUCCGUGCUGUUCGUAACGAACAAUGCGACCAAGUCGCGCGUGAACUACAAGAAGAAGUUCGACUCCCUCGGAGUUGAGGCUCACGUAGAUGAGAUUUACGGCUCAGCAUACGCCUCGGCAGUAUACAUCUCGUCGGUUAUGAAACUGCCCAAGGAUAAGAAGGUCUACGUGAUCGGCAUGGGCGGGCUCGAGGAAGAGCUCCGCGAGGAGGGCAUCUCGUUCAUCGGCGGCACGGAUCCCGCAGACAAUACCCUCGGUUCGUUCUCGCUGGCGAACUGGACGCCCGACCCGACGGUGGGCGCGGUGCUGUGCGGACUCGACACGGCCAUCAACUACACGAAGCUCUCAAAGGCGUUCAGCUACAUCCUGCGCAACGAGGGCUGCGCGUUCCUCGUAACCAACGAGGACAGCUCGUACCCCACCUCGGACGGCCUCCUCCCCGGGGCGGGCUCCAUCAGCGCGCCGCUGCGCUAUGCCCUCGGGCGCGACCCGAUUGCCAUUGGGAAGCCGCAGCGGACGAUGCUGGACUGCAUCAAGGCGAAACACAACUUCGACCCCAAGCGCACCAUCAUGGUCGGAGACAGGCUGAACACCGACAUCGAGUUCGGCAAGGCGGGCGGCCUUGCCACACUCCUGGUCCUCACUGGUAUCACGAAGGAGAGCGAGUUGUCGGGCCCCAACGCUUCGCCGACCGUUCCGGACUUCGUCACGAAGUCCAUCGGGGACCUUCGCGCACUGAUUUCCUGACCGACUCUCGCGCCGCCGGGAUAGAAGGGACACGCGGGUUAGAACAUCGCGCGGAAGCAAUUAGACGUGUGGUACGGGAUAGAGUCCGCAGAAGGCGUCCAAAUGUAUCAUGUUCACGAUUUUUUCGCCUUCUCCGUGAGAGCCUGCUCUAUCUGCGCCUCCCUGUUCACUUGCGCGAGCGCGAAGGUCGCGCUGGUCACGAGGGCGACGAGCGAACCCACAAUGUAUCCGCCCACUGCGCCGAAGGCCGGGGUUAACGGCCAUGCCUGCCACGGACGCUCCCAGUCAAGGCCGAUGGGAAUCGCGCCCGCCCAGCAGCCUAUGACAGCUCCGACAGCGGGGUAGACGAGCGCCCUCUCGACCGGCGUGCGCGGUGAAAGUUCGGCGAAAAGGCGGACCCAGGUAAACCAUGACACCAGUGAGGGGCUGUCGGAUCUCCAGGAAGGCAGACCAAGGGCGUACGCAGGUGGGAAGACCGUCAGUAUAGCCAGUAGCAAACUCAUCAGGUAGGUGUGAAUUGGGUGCUUCGUGAGCGGUGCCCCGAAGAGCACGACCACUACAUGGAGAGCCACGGAGGCGGCGAGAGUAAGAGCGGCGGAUUUCGCCAGAUCCACAUUGCGCUGGUUUCCUGACUCUUGUCUUUCCAACUUCUGUUUUAUUACAUCCGCGCCGUCUGUUUGGCUGCGCUGCUCAUACAGCCAUUUCCUCACCCAACCCGCCCACCAUCCCUGCAAGAGGAGCGUUCCGGCACAGAUCCACGCGACCGUGCGUACCGGGUUCUCUGUGAGCACCUGGACAACUGCUCUACGUGGUCGAUCCCCAGUUUGUAGACCCGCAAGACCCUUUGAUAGUAGCGCAGUAGGUGUAGUUGGUAGUAGCAGAGUGCUGAACGCAAGGAGGGACGUGUGCACGCCGACAAUGGAAGUGUACCGCGCGAAGGGGAAGAACGGGACCGCUGCAGGCGACGUUUCGGGCUGCGUAGCAGUGGGGGCGGUAGCAGCGGCCUGCGCCUUCGAUUUCCGCGCUGGCAUGGUGCAGAGAGCACAGAGCAGGGGAUGUGUACACUGGCGGUGUAGGCGGUCGGAGAGCGAGUA